CUCAGCCGCCCGGUGAUAUUGACAAUAGGAGAGAGAAAGGGACAUUGACGGGGACCUACCGCGGGUACCAAACGGCGGCUCUGGCAGCGGCGGCUCAAGCUCCAGCGGCUCCUCCUCCUUCGCCUUCCUCCUCCUCCUGCUGCGGAGCCAGUCUUCUUCCCUCCCUUCCCCCCUCCCCACGUCGUCGCCGCCGCCGCCGGGUCCGAGGCAACGAGCAGAGGCGCCGCCCGCCGGGAAUGUGAGCGAGGAGCCACCGGCGGAGCCGCAACGGGGUCGGUGCCGAUUUGAUGGGACGGGUCCGCGGGGGAGGAUCGUGAGGCCGCCGCCGCUGCCGCUGGAGAGCUGAGAUUCAGGUCCGGCCGUGAGGCCUAGAGGCGCCGCCGCCGCGGAACCGGAGGGACGCCGCGCCGGACAGCCGUCGCCCCGGACUCCCUGCCGCUGCCCUGACCUCCCCCUGCACGUCCAGGUCGCGCCGCCCGCCCCCGCUGCGGCCCCCUUCGCCGGCUCCCGCCCUUCGAAAGCACAGAUCAUCUUCGGAUUCUUCCUCAGAAGCUUCAAGUAGGGAUAUGUCCUCAGCACCAACUACUCCUCCAUCAGUGGAUAAAGUAGACGGAUUUUCUCGGAAGUCCGUCAGAAAAGCCAGACAGAAGAGGUCGCAAAGUUCUUCACAGUUUAGGUCUCAAGGCAAACCUAUUGAGUUAACACCUCUGCCACUGCUAAAAGACGUUCCAUCCUCAGAGCAGCCUGAACUGUUCCUAAAGAAACUUCAGCAGUGCUGUGUCAUUUUUGACUUCAUGGACACGCUAUCUGAUCUUAAAAUGAAAGAAUACAAGCGCUCCACUCUUAAUGAACUGGUGGACUACAUUACAAUAAGCAGAGGCUGUUUGACAGAGCAGACUUACCCUGAAGUAGUUAGAAUGGUAUCUUGCAAUAUAUUCAGAACUCUCCCUCCUAGUGACAGCAACGAAUUUGAUCCAGAAGAAGAUGAACCUACCCUUGAGGCAUCAUGGCCACACUUACAGCUUGUAUAUGAAUUUUUCAUACGAUUUUUGGAAAGCCAAGAAUUCCAACCCAGCAUUGCCAAAAAAUACAUAGAUCAGAAAUUUGUAUUACAGCUUUUGGAACUAUUUGACAGUGAAGACCCUCGGGAACGGGACUACUUAAAAACAGUCUUACACAGAAUUUACGGCAAGUUUCUUGGUCUUAGAGCAUUUAUCCGAAAACAGAUUAACAAUAUUUUUCUAAGGUUUGUUUAUGAAACAGAACACUUCAAUGGUGUAGCUGAACUGCUGGAAAUAUUAGGAAGUAUUAUCAAUGGCUUUGCUUUACCUCUUAAGGCAGAACACAAACAGUUUCUGGUGAAAGUGUUGAUCCCUUUACACACUGUCAGGAGCUUAUCACUCUUCCAUGCUCAGCUGGCAUAUUGCAUAGUGCAGUUUCUCGAGAAAGAUCCUUCACUCACCGAACCAGUCAUUAGGGGAUUAAUGAAAUUUUGGCCCAAAACCUGUAGUCAAAAAGAGGUAAUGUUCCUUGGGGAGCUGGAAGAAAUAUUGGAUGUGAUCGAACCUUCACAAUUUGUUAAAAUUCAAGAACCUUUGUUUAAACAAAUUGCCAAGUGUGUAUCUAGCCCCCAUUUUCAGGUGGCAGAAAGGGCACUCUAUUACUGGAAUAAUGAAUAUAUCAUGAGUUUGAUAGAAGAAAACUCUAAUGUCAUCCUUCCCAUCAUGUUUUCCAGUCUUUACAGGAUUUCGAAAGAACAUUGGAAUCCGGCUAUCGUGGCAUUAGUGUACAAUGUAUUGAAGGCGUUUAUGGAAAUGAACAGUACCAUGUUUGACGAGCUAACAGCCACAUACAAGUCAGAUCGUCAGCGUGAGAAAAAGAAAGAAAAGGAGCGUGAAGAACUGUGGAAAAAAUUGGAGGAUCUGGAGUUAAAGAGAGGUCUUAGACGGGAUGGGAUAAUUCCAACUUAACAAAAAUAAUGACAACGUUACUAACCUGUGGAGUCACACAUUUAUGUAGUAGAAGAUGGAGCAACAGUUUUCUGUAUUGUGCAACUUUACAGUAGAUUUCACAUUUGUUUCAUUAUUACAACAGCACUGUAUAUACCUACCUGUCUCUAAGUAAAGGAAAAACAAAAUAAGGACUUCAGUCCAAAGUGUGGACAAUAGAUGGACUUCUCAGAACUUUGCAAAUGUAAUCAUUGUUCUAACCCUUUUAAGGAAAUAGAAAAAACAAAGCAGUCUUCAGAGAUCUGUUGAUGAAAUUGCUGUUAAAAUUCCAUUGUUGGGAGUUCCUUAUUUAUCCUUAGCAGAGAGUAUGAUACAAUUUCAAAUGUGAACAAUCUUAAAUUUAGCUUGUCUUUCUGCUAAGCUGUUAAAUGUAUUUAUAGUAAAUGAA